AUGGCUGUGGACAUUGGGGCAGUUGCGAGCCAGCUUGAGGCAACUCUGAAUCCCCAACAGCAACGGCAAGCUGAAGCAGCAUUACGGACAGAAGAGACCAAGCCUGGCUUCUCCCUCGCCCUCCUACAAAUCGUCACCGCCGACAGCUAUCCUCUAGCCACCCGACAAGCCAGCGCCCUCUUCUUCAAAAACUUCAUCCGCCGGAACUGGGUCGACGAAGAUGGCAACCACAAGCUACCCCAGCAGGAGGUUGCCACGAUCAAGAGCGAGCUCAUCGGACUGAUGGUAAAGGUGCCGGCCCGAAUACAGUCAUUGCUAGGAGAGGCGAUCAGCGUAAUCGCGGACAGCGACUUCUGGGAGCGAUGGGACACCUUGGUCGACGAUCUGGUCUCACGACUGACACCGGACAAUGCUGUGGUCAAUAAUGGCGUUUUGCAAGUGGCGCACUCCAUCUUCAAGAGAUGGGAGCCGCUGUUCCGAUCAGACGAGCUAUACACUGAGAUCAACCACGUUCUCUCCAAAUUCGCUGUGCCGCUGCUCCAGCUAUGGCAGAACACCGACAACGUGAUCGCGCAGAACCAAGGCGAUGCGCAGACAUUAAAGUCACACUUUGCGACCCUUGAUCUAAUCCUCAAACUCAUGUACGACCUCUCAACACACGACAUGGCUCCGCAGUUCGAAGAGAACCUCACGGCAAUCUCUGGUCUGCUGCACAAAUAUCUUACAUAUGAGAACCCGGUGCUGGCUGGCGACGACGACGAAGCGGGACCGCUGGAGUUCGCGCGGGCGGAUGUGUUCAGGGUUUUGAUUCUCUACACCAAGAAGUACGAGGAAGAGUUCAGGUCACAUCUGGGGCAGUUCAUUGGCAGCUCCUGGAACAUGCUCACAGCCAUCGGUCCCGAGACGAAAUACGAUCUGGUGGUCAGCCGAGCUCUCGAGUUCUUGACAACCGUCGCAAGCAUACCAACACAUGCAGAGAACUUCAACAACGCGGAUGUGCUGGGACAGGUGACGGAGAAGGUGGUGAUACCCAACCUGUCGUUACGAGAGUCGGACAUUGAGCUGUUCGAGGACGAGCCAAUUGAGUUCAUCCGAAGGGAUUUGGAGGGCUCGGACGAUGACACGCGAAGACGAGCCGCUACCAACUUCCUCAGGAAGCUGAUGGAGCAGUUCGAGAAGCCAGUGACGGAAGUGGUGACGCGCUAUGUCAAUCACUUCUUAGCAGAGUACGCAAAGGAUCGGAAAGGCAACUGGAAGGCGAAAGACACAGCUGUCCACCUCUUCUCGUCAAUAGCGGCGAAGGGCACAGCAACUGCCGCGAAGGGUGUGCUGAGCGUGAACCCGAACGUCGAUGUGCUCGACUUCUUCCAAAAGAACAUUGCCGAAGACCUCACCAAUGCCGAAGCGGAGCCUCUGCUCAAAGUCGAUGCGAUCAAAUAUUUGUACAUUUUCCGAAGCAUCCUCUCGGCAGAGCAAUGGCAGGCAGCCUUCCCCCUGCUGGUUCAACACCUCAACUCCUCGAAUUACGUCGUCUAUACCUAUGCAGCGAUAGCCGUCGACCGCGCACUCUACCUUACAAACGACCAACGACAGCCGAUCAUCUCUCGCGACAGCAUCGUACCUCUCUCGAAAGACCUACUCCAGCACCUCUUCAAGCUGAUGCAGAAGGAUCCAAAAGCAGAGAAGGUGCAAGAGAACGAAUUUCUGAUGAAGUGCGUGAUGCGUGUGCUCAUCGUCAUCCGCGACGGCGUCCUACCCAUCGUCGAUACGGUCCUCACCAACCUCGUCAACAUUACCAAAGUCAUCCGACACAACCCUUCCAACCCCGGCUUCUGCUACUACCACUUCGAAUCCAUCGGAGCCCUCAUCCGCUUCGCCGGGCCAUCGCAACCCGACAAGCUCGAAGCCAGCCUCUUCCCCAUCUUCAUGGAAGUCCUGCAAGGCGACGUCGAAGACUUCACACCCUACAUCUUCCAGCUCUUCGCCGCCCUCGUCUCCGCCCAACCCUCCGGCGCCCUGUCCCAAAACUUCCAGAACCUCGUCGCCCCAAUCCUCACCCCCACCAUGUGGGACAGCAAAGGCAACGUCCCCGCCCUCACGCAACUCCUCCGCACCAUGCUCCCCCGCGGCGCCGAGCAAAUCGCCACCGCCAACCAAACCGAAGCCCUCCUCGUCAUCUUCCAGAAACUCGUCUCCACCAAAGCCUACGAGAACUACGCCAUGGACCUCAUCGAGACCGUCGUCGCCACUUUCCCGCCCACCGCGCUGGAGAACUACUGGCUCCCCAUGUUCCAGCUCAUGUUCACGCGCCUCUCCACCAGCAAAACCGAGAACUUCGAGCUCCGCUUCGUCCGCUUCUACCACCUCGUCUCCGCCUCCGUCGAGCGCGGGCUGGGCGCCGACUUCUUCAUCUCCGUCGCGGACCGCGUGCAGCAGAACGUCUUCACGCCCAUCUACAUGAACAUGAUCCUCCCCUCCACCCAGAAACUCUCCCGCCCGCAAGACCGCAAAACCGCCGUCAUUUCCUUUACCCGGACUUUAGCGGACAGCCAGGCCUUCGUGGACCGCUACGCGAAACGCGGCUGGACCAUCACCUGCGAAGCUUUGCUGAAGUUGUUAAUCAACCCCCCCUUACCCGUCUCAGGCGAAGACGCAGUUAUAGAAGACCGCGACGUGGAGGAGUUGGGCUUCGGGGCGGCUUUCACGCAGUUGCAGACGUGUAAGCCGCAGCAGAAGGACGCUUUUCCCGAGGUCACGGAUGUGAGGGCGUGGGUGGGGCAGACGCUGCGGGAGGCGGAUGGGAGGCAUCAGGGGAGGAUUGGGCGUUUUGUGGGGGAGAAGUUGGAUCAGCAGGGGCAGCAGGCGCUGCAGAGUGUGAUGGCUAGCUAG